CAAAUUGUUUUAUUCACUUUUUGUGUAUUGCUGCAGAAGUGUUUACAUAUAGAGAAGAUAGAAGAGAUUUAUUGAAACAAACCUUCUUACCCACCACUGACAUUAAUGUCAGUGAUGAAAGUUUGGAAUCUGUUUUUGGUAAAUUAGAACCUAUAAUGUUAAAAGAAAAUCGAAUCUUUUGGGAAAUAACUACAUUGGAACAAUAUCAAAUGUCCACAAUUAUACCCAAGGGACUAAAAAUCAUAAAACCUCCAUCUUUUGCUAUAUCUAGUAGCUCCUUUAAGAAAGAUUGGGAAGCCAUUCUCAAUGAUUGUUCUUGUGCUCUAAUUGAUUUAAUCUUAAGAGAAAGAAGGGAAACACUUAAAUCACUAAAUGUUGAAAUAAAUUAUUUACAAACUAUAAUUCAACCUUAUAAAGAACUAGAGGAUUUUAUAAGAGCAGAGAAAGAUCUGCUAUAUAAAAUAAAGAAAUAUACAAAUGGGCUUCGAGAGAAAAAACAAAAAAAGUAUCAGAGAGACCUUAAACAAGUUGAUGAAGAUACGCAUCAGUUAGUGACACAAUCUAAUGAUCAAAAAAUAUCAAAAGGAAACACUUAUUCCAAUAGGAAUAACAGCAAAGGGGUAUUGCAGAAACCCCCAAAAUUGAUAAAAUAUCCCAAUAGGGACGUUAAGAUCAAUGGGAGGUUUAAUACAGAAUCAGGUUAUCAAAGAACAAAUUAUAGACAGGACAACUGGAGGUCUAAAAAUUAUGAACAUGAUUUUUAUAGACAAGCCAAUUGGAGAAAGGAUCGUUAUCAAACUCCAAGGUCAAAUAAGAUAGAAUCUUGGGUACGCAAGUCUCCUAAUAGGUUCCAACCAAUUGAAAGAAACAACAGUUGGAGGAGAGAACAGUUCCGAGAUGAUGGGUUCAUUGAUAGGGUUCGUAGGGUCUUGAGAACCUCCAAUAGGUAUCAAUUAUUGGAACCAGCUACCCCAGUAGAACCAAGUUCUCCUUUUCAGUGGGACUACAGAUCCACGAGAAGGAGAUAAGUUCUAAUAUCCAUAAAAAAAUAACUAAAAAAAAGGUAUCCGUCCCAAAGAAAUGUAAACGAGAAAAAAGGGCAGGCAAGGAAAAAACCUUGCCUAAACCAAAACUGCCACCAAAAAAGAUAGAGUCUGAUGGAAAGAUUUUCAAUUUAAGUAAAAGGGUAUUGACCCCUGUAGAAAUCAGGGUGUUUAAAGAAAGGGUUGAAAUUUGCCCCUACGGGAGAAGUCGAUCCUUUCGGGCUUUAUAUAGAUACACAAAAAUAUAUAAGAAAACUUACCCUUAAGAAGUUUUUUAUGAACAAAAACAAAGAGGAUCCUGUCCCUGGAGUUGGAAUUCCAUCAGGACGAGAGAAAUUUAAGAAUAAUUCCAGUUUUAACCCGACUUAUGAAAGGGGGAAAUUUAUCAAUUGUUUCAACGAAAUCAUUAGCGAUGAGUUGGAAAAAUUUAUGAAACAGAAGAAGAAGGUAAAAUGUAACCUAUCUAAAAAAGAAUAUGAGGCAGUAAGAUCAUUAAAGGAUGAUAAGGAAGUCAUCAUCAAGCCAGCAGAUAAGGGUGGGGGGGUUGUCCUUAUGGACAAAUCGGAUUAUAUGGAGGAAAUCAUGAAACAAUUAAAUUUAGGGAACACUUAUAAAAAACUGAGAUCAGACCCCACGCAGAGGAUUAGUGAAGCAUUAUUAACACUAACAUCCAAUGCGUUAAAGGAUGGAGUAAUUAAUGAAAAAGAACAUGAUUUCCUUAAUAUAAAAGAACCUUCAGUACCAACUAUAUACGUUCUACCGAAAGUCCAUAAGGACCCCCUCCACCCCCCUGGCCGCCCAAUAAUAUCGGGGACUAAUAGUUUAACAUCUAAUUUGUCAGCAUUAAUUGACCAUUUUUUACAGCCUCUAGUAGUAAAAACAAAGGCGUAUCUGAAAGAUACGGGGGAUGUAUUGAGAAAAAUUACCAAUUUCCAAUAUACCAGUUCCACCAUUUUAUGUAGUGCAGACGUAUGCACUUUGUAUACUGUUAUCAAAAAAGAGAAGGGGUUGGAAGUCAUCUCCUAUUUUUUAGAUAAAAGUGAUUAUGAUGACCUAACCAAGAAAUUCAUCUUGGAUGGUAUUGGUUUUAUUCUAGAUAAUAAUUAAUUCUAUUUCGACUGGACGUAUUAUAUUCAACAAGUGGGGACAGCCAUGGGUACCAGAUUUGCCCCCAGUUAUGCCAAAUUAUGCAUGGCUUAUUGGGAAGAUCUUAACAUCUUUGGAGUGGAUGGACUGGGGGCAAGUCUGGUAUCCUGGCAUCGAUAUAUCGAUGAUGUCCUAUUUUUUUGGAAUGGACAGGAAGAUGAGCUUUUAAUCUUCACGGACAAACUAAAUCAGAAUGAUUUUAACCUUAAAUUUGUAACAACCAGUAGUUUAAAAGAAAUUUCCUUCUUGGACCUAUGUCUAUAUGUAGAGGAUGACACCCUGAAGACUAAGACUUUCAGGAAGGUAACAGACUCUAAUGUAUACAUAGAAAUGGGUAGUUUACAUCACCCCAACUGGCUAGAUGGUAUUCCAUUUAGCCAGUUUACACGUAUCAAGUGGAAUUGUAGUGAUCAAACUAUCUGUAAUGAACAAAUACUAGAAACCACUAAUAGGUUUAUCAAUAAAGGUUAUUCAGUAGAUCUUAUAAACAAAGCACGAAUUAAAGUAGAAAAUAUCAAUAGGGAUGACCUCUUGAAAGAGAAAGAUAAAGAACAAGAAACAAAAAAUGAAAGAAACAAGUGGGCCUUUAUUAGUCAGUUUAAUCCCCUGCAUAAGGAUAUUGAAAGAAUUUUUAGGAGAAACUGGUAUUUAUUACAGAAAGAUCCCGUUAUAGGAAAAGAAAUCCCUGAUAGACCCACCUUCAUAUACAGGAAAGCUCCAUCGUUGAAGGACAAAUUAGUAAGAAGUGCUAUAGAUGAAAAUACGAGAGCUAGCACUAGAACUAAGGGGUUCCAUAGAUGUGGACAGUGUCUGAUGUGCAGGACGGUUAAGAGUAAAUCUAGUAAGAUCACAGAGUUUACAGUAAAUAAUGACACAUACAGAAUUAAUGAUUUUAUCACAUGUCAAUCAAAAAACAUCAUCUAUGGGAUAGAAUGUGCAUGUGGGUUACUUUAUGUAGGUCGGACAAGUAGGAACCUAAAAACCCACCUUGCGGAACAUGUGUACAAUAUUCGGAAAGGGCUGGAAACACAUUCUCUUUCAGCACAUUUUAAAACCCAUCAUGAAAAAAGAGAAUGUUUUAUAAAAAGAUUUUGGGGGAUAGAACAGGUUAAACCUACAUGGCGGACUAAAGAUCUAGAAAGGAGAUUAGCUAAGAAUGAAAUGAACUGGAUUUUUAAAUUAAAUUCCCUACAACCUAAAGGAUUAAACACCGAUUUUGAGAUGAAGUGGUUUUUAUAGUGUUUAAUAUCUAUUGGAAGUUCAUUAUGGAUUUUAUUAAUAUGUUCCCAUUUAUUUAUUGAUGAUUCUAAUCUAAUUUUUAUUAACCACUAUUUAUUGUUAUGGAUUGUUACUAUCUUAUUUGUAUAUAUGUCAUGGCCCUAAAAUCAUCUAUAUGUUUUGUUUUAUGGAACCAUGAAUGAAAAAUCCCCAAGGAUCUUCUCAUUUCUCCAGUGAAAAUGGACAUAUAUAUAAUGAUCGUGGUACUGUUCUGAAUGAUAGAGGAGGAUUUGGAACGCACACUUCCGCAUGUAAAGGAGAUUGUGUUAUCACGAGAUAUGUGAGGAGCGGCGCUUCCUUUCCGACGUGGAUGAUGGGAACGUGAAAUGCUCACUCUGUAUCAUUCGCCGUGUAUGGAACGCACACGAUCAGGUGGCACGCAUGAUGUCAUUUCCUGGCCGCCGUCGGCGGCGACGGAAGGGGAAGAGAGUUCCUCUCAUUGGAGAACUAUCACGUCACCAUCUCCCCCGCGAAAUUUGAAAGCGGAAGUGGGAGUAUGUGUAUUUGGACACAGCUGAUGGACAUUAUGAGAAUUAAUUAGACGGGUAUAAAUGUUUGAUAAUGUUGUCUAGCCACAAACGCUUCUGAGGAAGAACCCAGCAGGGUUCGAAAUGCAUUAAGCGGUGUGGCUUCUUUUUACCUGGUGGACUGAGGUAUAGGACUGAUCCUGAACUUGUUCCUUAGGAGUAUCCGGAACUCUGUGGGGCUUUUGGAUCGAUGAGUAUACAGCCAUCUCUAUCACCAGUGUUACUACAUGCUUUUAAUUUUCUUUUGUUUGUGAGUGCAUAUAUUUUAUUAAAAAACCUUUUCCCUUUGAAUGGGAGUCUGCA